AUGGAGUCGCCCAACCUCCCUUGGAAGAGCCGGGCCGCCGGAGCCCUUCGCACGUCGCCCUCCCCUCCCGGGAGGAGAUGGUACGGACCGGACUGGGAGCCCCGCCCGUCGCAGGGCAAGAGGGGCGGAGCCCGCGCCCCCGCCUUAACCCGUUCUCUGCCGCUGCGCAGACCGGCUCCGAGGACAAAGGCAGCCCGAGCGAGGAGGAGGAGGAGGAGGGGGGCGCGGCACCUGGCGGCGGCGGCGGCGGCGGCGGGACAGGUUCUCUGGUUGGUUCUUCCUGCCUCUGUCCCCAGCACUCCGGAAAAGAUGAAGCCCCGUGUCACCUACCAGCAGCUGAAGACCCUGCCUCACCCCAAGGACCUGUGUCCUGGCCAGGCCCCUCAGGACUUCCACUGCAUCGUGGCGACGGCGUUUUUGGGGACCAUGCUGGUGGCCGCCCUCCUGGUCCACACCUUCCUCUUCCCCUUCCACGGUUCCACCCGGGGGGAGAACGUGAGGACUGCCUCCUACCUGGAUGACCGGUGCAGUGACCCCUGCAGGAUCGUUCUGGUGGAGAGCAUCCCCGAGGGGCUGGCGUAUGAGGACAACAGCACCAUCAGUCCUUCCACCUUCGAGGCCUGGGCGAAACUCCUCGCCGACGCCAGAAGCACUGUGGACAUCGCCGCUUUCUAUUGGACCCUCCAGAACAAAGACACGCACACCCAGGAUCCCUCAGCCAGCCAGGGGGAAGAAAUCCUGGCCGAGCUGCUGAAGCUGUCUGGGAGAGGCAUCGCCACCCGGAUCGCGGUCAACCCGCCUUCUUCCCGUCUGCCCAGCACGGACCUCUUGGCGCUGGAGGAGAGCGGAGCACAGAUUCGCAAAGUGGACCUGCCGAGGCUGACGUCUGGAAUCCUCCACACCAAAUUCUGGAUCGUGGACCAGACGCACGUCUACCUGGGAAGCGCAAACAUGGACUGGCGAGCCCUCACCCAGGUGAAGGAGCUGGGCGUGGCCGUCUACAACUGCAGCUGCCUGGCCCGGGACUUGGCCAAGCUCUUCAAGGCCUACUGGGCCCUGGGGCUCCCGAACGCCACCAUCCCCUCCCCCUGGCCCGCCAACUUCUCCACCCCCUACAACAAGGAGGCACCCCUGGCUCUGCAGCUGAACGGCACCAAUGCCGGCGUGUACCUUUCGAGCUCCCCCCCAGCCCUGUGUGCCCCGGGGCGGACCAGAGACCUCGAGGCGGUGCUGAGCGUCAUCGACGGGGCCCAGGAGUUCGUCUACGUGGCCGUCAUGAGCUACUUGCCCACCAUGGAGUUCUCGCACCCCAGGAGGUUCUGGCCGGUGAUCGACGACCACCUCCGGAAGGUGGCCUACGAGCGCAGGGUCCGCGUCCGCCUCCUGGUUGGCUGCUGGAAGCACUCCAAGGCCACCAUGUUUCCGUUCCUGCGGUCGCUGGCGGCCAUGCAGGACAAUCGCACCCGCUACAGCAUCGAAGUGAGGCUCUUUGUGGUCCCGGCGAAUGAGACGCAAGCCCGGAUCCCCUACGCCCGGGUGAACCACAACAAGUACAUGGUGUCCGACCAGGUGGCCUACAUUGGCACAUCCAACUGGUCCGGGGACUACUUCCUCCACACGGCCGGGUCUGCUCUGGUGGUCAAUCAGAGCCAGGUGGAGUCCGGGGACCAGCCGACCGUCCGAGAUCAGCUGGAGGCCGUGUUUGAGCGGGACUGGAACUCGCAGUACAGCCGGGAACUGAACUUGCUGGGCCAGUCGGGGGACCUGUGCGGAGGCCACUGACCUCAGGCCGCCCGCCCCAAACCGGACACCGUCUCCUGAGGAAGGCCAGAGCGCCGCCCGUCCCGCUCUCAAAGGGACAGCCGGUUUUCCUGGGGAACGUCUGCGGGACUCCUGCCCGGAUAGGAGCGAACCAGACCGGGCGGAAGCCUCCUGGGGCCGAAACGUUGAGCGAGGGGAGCAGAGAGCCCCCCUCCCCCCCCCUCCGCCGUACCCACAGUCUUUCUGGUGCUGGGGGCCGGGGGGGGGGGCUCUAGCCUGUCUUGAUCACAUUCCUUCCAAAGGAUUUUGUUUCAGCGAAGAGGCUAAGGGACCUUAUCUGCUCUUCUAUCAAACGGGGCAAAGAGCGGGGGGGGGGCUUCUCUCUCUCUCUCUCUUCUCUCUCUCUCUCUCUCUCUCUCUCUCUCUCUCUCUCUCAGCAUACAUUUAGGGAACAGGUGUAGAGACAAACGGGGCGGCCAAACGUUGGCCAUGUUCGUUGGGCAAAAGACCGCAGUAGCACAGCUUCCCACUGGAGUCUGUGGCCAUUCCCCCACCCCCCGGUCUAUAUAAAAAAAAGUUUUAACAAAGAAUAAAUAAGUGCCUAGUUGGGGGCAGUGUUCCCUGUAUGCUGAGUGAGUGUGAGCCAGCUCACAGCUUUUUAGCCUCC